UUUAAAUCAAGGAAAUGACAGUUCAUCGAGGGAGUAUUCUAAAUCUGGGCUUUGGUUAUUAUUCUUUGAUUCACAGAGAUACCAUGAAACUAUUAGAUCACUAGGCUUGUAAAACUUACUGAAAAGAGGCCACUGGAUGUACAUUUGGAAUUUUUGCUGAUUCUUCUUAAAAAGUAUAUUCAAUAAUGAACAAUUUCUCUAGCAAAUCAGAUACCAACUUCUUUGUUUUUUGUAUUACCACAAGGCAUCAAUCAAUUCCACGUGCCAGCUCAUCAAACACACAUUUCUUUAGUGAAAUUAAAACACCAAAGUAAGAAAUACAAACAUCUUAGAUAUCAGCUAAUUCGGUUCCCGGUACCGGAGAAAAACCAAAACAAAAAAAAAAAAAAAAAAAGAUAUCAGCUAAGUAAUGUUUUCUUCUGAAGAAAAUCAUUUGCUUUCAAGUGAUUCUCAGACCUCCAAAAAUAUUUUCUGAGUAAAUAGAAAUUCUGUUUGACCCUAUAGAAAGAAAGAAAAAGCCAUUUGGCAGAGGUAGCCUCGUAGUCGAUUUGGUCUUUGUCAGAGUCCGCCAUAGCAUACAGGGGCCAGGACCAGAAAGUGCAGAAAGUGAUGGUGCAGCCCAUCAACCUCAUCUUCAGAUACUUGCAGAAUAGAUCCUGGGUUCAAGUGUGGCUCUAUGAGCAAGUGAAUAUACGGAUAGAGGGCUGUAUUGCUGGUUUUGAUGAGUACAUGAACCUUGUGUUAGAUGAGGCAGAAGAAAUUCGUUCUAAAAUAAAGUCAAGAAAACAACUGGGUUCGAUCAUGCUGAAAGGAAAUAUUUCUCUGCUACAAAGUAUCUCCAACUAGAAAUGAUCAGUGAAUUAAGACAGCAGUGAAGUGAGGUGGUGACUAUGGCAAUUAUGAUAAUAUUUUUAAAAGGCAGCUGAUUAAGUGGUUUCCCCUGGGAGUAUUUGUAAAAUAUUUGUUCAUAUUGUUUUGACUAACCUUAUGUUUUUACUAGAGGCCAAUAGAUGUAGGGUUGUUUUUAUUUAAGAAAAGAGAAAGCCGUUUGGGAUGAAAUAGUGACAGUGAGAAAGGCAACCACACUUAGAUCUUUUUUUUUCCACACUUAGAUCCUUCCCCCCUAAAUAAUCCUCUUAAAGAAUCAAACCUAGAUUUUAAAAUCAAAAAAAUCAAACCUAGAUUUUUACUUAUUAG